AUGGGAACGAACAAGGAGCGUAUUUCAAUGACUAUCAGUCCCACUUUGGCUAUGCCUAAUUUCAAUGAUUCUUUCACCAUUGAAACUGAUGCUUGGGGAGACAGAAUUGGCGCAAUUCUAACUCAACGGGGCAAGCCAAUUGCUUAUAUGAGUCGUGCACUUGGAGUCACAAAACAAUCGUGGUCAACCUACACCAAGGAAAUGCUUGCAAUUGUAGAAGCCAUACGCCGCGAGAACUCUGCUGCAGAUGCCCUCUCAAGCAAACCAAAUAGCCCAGUACUCCAUCAUUUACACGUAGCUGUUGUCACUUUGUGGGAUGAGAUUAAAGAUGCUUACAAAAGGGAUACUUAUAUUCAAUCGGUAGAGCAUGUGGCCAAGGCUCAACCCGAUGGACCAUAUUCACAGCGCCAAGGACUUUGGUUAUUUAAGGGGAUGGUGGUAAUUCCUUCGUGUGAGGUGCUGCGCACUAAGAUACUUUAG